AUGAGUUCUGUUAUUGAAUGCUUCUUGUGUAAUUAUUUGCAAACGACACAUUUCUCUAUUCAACUAGACGAGUCAACUUUACCUGGUAAUGCAGCAUUAUUAUUGGAAUAUGUUCGUUUUAUUAUGAAUCAAGAAAUUCACGAAGAACUGCUCUUCUCAAGAACGUUGACAACCGACACUAAAGGUGAAUCAAUAUUUAAUGUUUUGAAGGAUUACUUUAUUGUAAAAGCAAUCCCUUUAUCAAAUAUAAAAUCAGUAGCUACAGAUGGAGCACCUGCCAUGGUUGAACGUUAUUGCGGAUUUAUAAGCUAUUUAAAACAAAAUGUGCCAGGGGUGUAA